UUGUGCGUCUGCUUUCCACUUUCUUCCCUCCGAGUCUCUUAUAAGCAGGGAAAGUUUGACAAGUUUCUCCAUAGUCGCUUACUCGGAAUUGGUGACUGAUCCUCGGAGUGACGGAGUAAGUCCCUACAGGGCUCUCCUCUCUUUACUUCUCUCCAGCUAGAACUCCCUCAAGAUGGGUGACUGGAGUGCGUUGGGAAGACUUCUUGACAAGGUGCAGGCCUACUCCACGGCCGGAGGGAAAAUCUGGCUCUCCGUGCUCUUCAUCUUCCGGAUCCUAGUUCUGGGAACGGCGGUGGAGUCGGCCUGGGGUGAUGAGCAGUCGGCUUUCAAGUGCAAUACCCAGCAGCCCGGUUGCGAGAACGUCUGCUACGACAAGUCGUUCCCCAUCUCGCACGUGCGCUUCUGGGUGCUUCAGAUCAUAUUCGUGUCCACGCCUACGCUCCUGUACCUGGCGCACGUUUUCUACCUGAUGCGCAAGGAGGAGAAGCUCAACCGCAGGGAGGAGGAGCUGAAGGCCGUGCAGAACGACGGCGGCGACGUGGAGCUCCACCUCAAGAAGAUCGAGCUCAAGAAGUUCAAGCACGGCUUGGAAGAGCACGGCAAGGUGAAGAUGAAGGGUGCGCUGCUGCGCACCUACAUCGUCAGCAUCAUUUUCAAAUCCAUCUUCGAGGUGGGCUUCCUGUUGCUCCAGUGGUACAUCUACGGCUUCAGCCUGUCCGCCGUGUACACUUGCGAGCGCUCGCCUUGCCCCCACCGAGUGGACUGUUUCCUCUCCCGGCCCACGGAGAAGACCAUCUUCAUCGUCUUCAUGCUGGUGGUUUCGCUCGUGUCGCUUUUGCUCAACAUCAUCGAGCUCUUCUACGUGCUCUUCAAGCGGAUCAAGGACCGCGUCAAAGGCCGCCAAAACCAGUUCCCCACCGGCACCCUGAGCCCAACGCCGAAGGAACUGUCCACGACCAAAUACGCCUACUACAACGGCUGCUCCUCGCCAACCGCCCCGCUCUCGCCGAUGUCGCCUCCGGGCUACAAGCUGGCCACCGGCGAGCGGACCAACUCUUGUCGCAAUUACAACAAGCAGGCCAACGAGCAGAACUGGGCCAACUACAGCACGGAACAGAACCGCUUGGGCCAGAACGGCAGCACCAUCUCCAAUUCGCACGCUCAGGCCUUCGACUACCCCGACGACACUCACGAGCACAAGAAACUGACGCCGGGCCACGAGCUGCAGCCGCUGGCGUUGAUAGACCCCCGGCCGUGCAGCCGUGCGAGCAGCCGGAUGAGCAGUCGAGCGAGGCCCGACGACCUGGACGUCUAGCUGUGCGACUCGGUGCCACUAGAGGACUGACACGGGCAAUGAGAUGCACUCAUUUCCCCGUACCGAGGGGGCGGGGCUGCAUCCGCACAAGUUCCUCAAUCUAGACUCUAGUCGAUACAGAGACAUAAAAUUACUCACACUGCUGGAGGUACUAUUCAUUAAUAAUGAUGUUGAAACUAGCAGAGCUAACAUGUCCUAACAGCCGGGGGAGGGGA